UCUGUUAAGAGAACAAUGGGAUUCAGUGUUGUGUUUAUGCCUUACGCGUUAACACUUAAAUGUUUUUCAGCAAACCAGUGUUUGACUCCGUGCAGUUCUCAGAGGUGUGUCCUGGCUCAGGAAGAACAGCUUCUGCAAACGGGAGACCAACAGCUGGCCAGACAUGUGCUGCUGUGCCUGCUUCUCAUUGUGGGCCUUUUUGCUAACCUAUCAAGCUGCUUGUGGUGGUUAUUUAACCAAGAGCCUGGGAGGCUCUACGUGGAACUGCAGUUUUUCUGUGCUGUAUUUAAUUUUGGUCAGGGAUUCAUUUCUUUUGGAAUGUUUGGUUUAGACAAACAUCUAAUUAUUCUUCCAUUCAAAAGGAGGCUUGGAUUCCUUUGGGGUACUAGAACUGUGGAACAGAGGGAGUCAUCUGUCCCAGAGGAGAUCCGAAUGACUUGCCAACAGUUUGUUAAUUACCACAGAGAUGUGUGUGUGAGAAGCAUUGUCCAGGAUAGAAGGUGUGGCACAAAGACUGUGACUGGAGUCUUCUUCGGCUGUGAUCUGGUGAACUGGCUUUUGGAAGUUGGCCUUGCCUUGGACCGCGGGGAAGCUGUAGUGUAUGGAGAGAGGCUGGUGAAAGGCGGCAUCAUCCAACAUAUUACCAAUGACUUUGAAUUUCGGGAUGAGCGACUGUAUUACCAUUUUACAGCUAUGACAACUGCAAUAAGGGACAGCCGAGGGAAUGAAGACGCCCAUGGAAGUUAGCCAAGACCAAGCCCUCUUACUCACAUGUAAUGCACACAGUUUGAGAUCCUUUUGCUUAUAACGUGGCCAUGUUGAUCUCUAACCCAAAGAGAAUUAGGUCUUGCAUUCUGAAUGUUGGCUAAAAUGAGUUGCUUUAGGGAAUUACUUCAAAUUGUGAUAGGCGCGUAACAGGCUUUAUGCUCAGUUUUUUUAAAAAAAACAUAGUUUUUUUUAAAAAUAAUUUUCCUUGUCAGUACAGACAAUACUGUGGACAAAUCAACUCAUUGUUAUCAUGUGAUGUAUUAUUAUUAUUUUUUUUUAAGGGAACAGUAGAUCAUUUUGGUGUGUGCAGUUCUUACUCUUGUUUUAACUGGGAAGUUCGCUUAUUUGUACUGGCAAAAUAACUGUGUUAAAGGAUAGAAAUAAGAAAUCAGCAAAUGAAUUUUGCUGUUUAUCCUGAUUCUUAUACGAGUAAGCCAGUUUUAAUCUUUAAAGGAUACAGGUCUCUGUUUAUCCAUCUGUUUCAAUCUGAACGAGAUUUAAGGCACCAUAAUUGCGAGCUGGAGUUCUUCUUCAGAUAAAAUUUGUUUCAUAAUUUUUCACCUUGGUUCAUUAGGCACGACUACCAAAAGUGGACCAAUUUAUUUCACAGACUGCAAUCAGUUGGAGUCUGUAGAUGCCAUAUUUAUUUUGUACUUAAUAAUACCAAAUUAAUAUUUUUUAAAUUGUUAAAUUGUACUUGAGUACUACUCUUGAUAUGCAAAUUAAAGAACUUGAAUUGACUUCUUAAAUUUUAAUUUUGCAAUGCAAAUUUUUAAGUAUUCAUAGAAAUAUGAAUGUGUGUUUUCACCAUGAAAGUAAUGUAUUUUUAAAUGCAUAUGUUUAUUAAAAACUCUGGUAAUUUUUUAAUUCUUAAGCAGCAUUAUAGAAUAAUAAGAACGCAUGAACAUGUUAUUGGCCUUUUUAAAGUGAAGAAGAAUCCUUAAAUAUUUUUUCUGAAAGUGGUUCAUCAACAAUAUCGUUAAAAGAAGCAAUUUGUCAUGUUUCUUCAACUAUUAAGAAGAUCUGUUGGUUAUCUUUAUCUAACCACUAUUUUUUUUUUACCAGAUGCAUGGCACAUUUAUGUAUGGAUAUGUUUUAUAUUUAUACAAAUAUAGAUUAUAUUUGGAAGCUGGGCUUAUUAAAAUUAUGGCUAUUAACUCAUAAAGAGUUAACUCUGUAACACCCUAAAAAUAAUGAACCUUUUCAUGUUCACAAUCUUAUGUAUUCAGACAUAAAGAAGUGGGGGGGUUAGUUUUAUUUUUUUACUAUCAAUACAGGUGAAUUGAAAUACUGCCAAUAUUUCUUCUGCAUUGCAUAAAAAAGGCUAUCUUCGAAAAUGGGAAAAAAGGUUUAUAUAAAGUCUAAUUUGUAAGUUAUCUACAGCUCAAAUGAAAAGCGUGCUGUAUUACAAAACCCAAUUAUUUUUUUUAAAUUGGGAAGAGGUAUGGUGAAACAUGUUCCUGAAAGUAGUAGAUUGAUUUUCUUGCUGUUCCAGUUACUCAAUAAAUACAGCUAUCCUGACUUGUAUAAUAUUCCUUGUUAAGAGUUGAAGCAAAAAGUUGCACUAUAUGCUUUUCACUGCUUGUGGUUCAAUUCUUAAAGUAUCCUUAAAUUUAGGCUAGACAGACUGUGUUCAAAGAUCAAUCUAUACACUGGGAUUAUUUAAACAUCAUUUAUUAAAUAAAUCAUUUAAUUGGUUCAUACAAAUAUUAAGCUCCAAAUUAACCAUAGUUUAAAUUAUGAUUUAAUAUAAUAGGUGGAUUCAAGCUUAAAAUCCAGAGUGCCACGUAGAGUAUUCAAUUUUAAGUUUGUGACAUUCAGCUCUAGAUAAAUUGUAUCUGCCAACAUGGGAAGAUGGCAUUCCUUUCUUGAUAUUUUUGCUAUUGUAAUAGCAAUUAUUUUAUUUUUCAUAAUAUCUGAUACUACAUAAGAAUCUUUUUUUGCUACGGAUGUAAUUUCUUAUUAAUUCCUUUGUUCUUGAAUUCAUCAUAUUUUUAUAUAUACCAAAUUGAGACAUGCAACUAAUUAUUAAUUAAUUGUGCAAUUUUAUUCACAUAUUAAAACUUCUACAGUACCUAACUACCAUAGGCAUAAGAUUGCCACCUGAAUGAGUUUCUGCCCAAAUUUAGGCUUUCAACUCAGGAAAUACCCCCUUUUUAAAAUUAAAAGUUAUAUUUAUUUCAUUAGACAAAUCAGGACUUAAAUGUUCCUAUGACUUGACUGCAUCCUACUUCAUACCUUUCUAUACCUGGCUCCCAAUAGUCCUCCUUUAUUACCUGAAAAACAUUAAUUUUGAUUGUUUUUUAAAACCAAUGUUAACAUUCGGCAGCAAAAUGUCCUACUUAUGAACACUGGAUUAAUUGCUUGAGCUUUUCUUUUCUUCCACUUACUGAUGAGAAACCAAAGAAGGAAUGAAACCUGAACCCAACAAGGUCCUAUGAAGCUUCUCACAAACAUUCACUAUCACAAUGUUUAUAUGGUAAUCUUUCCCAUUAGCUACAAAUUUUUGUUUUCUGCUGAUUAUUAGCAAUUUUUGCAGAAGUGUGUUGAAUUAUAUUUGACUACCACCAACUUCAGAUGAUUCUCCAAUAAAAAUAAUGUAUAGAAGCAGUGAAA